UCCAGCAGCGAGCCCCCCCCUCCCGUUUCUCUCCGCCUGGAAAGAUGGCUGCUCCGGCGGUGGUGAGGAGCUCCGGCCCGGCGCUGUGCCCGAGCUUCGCAGAGGUCUGCUCGUUCCUUGAGCGGUACGGAGCGACGCUGGAUCUGCCCGAGAUGACUUUCUCGCAGAUGGAGCGGUAUCUGCGGGACACGACGGCAGUCCCUAAACCGCUCGUGGAGCUUCACGUGAAGCUGCUCAGAAAACUUGGGAAGUCUGUAACGACAGACCGCUGGGAGAGGUACCUGGCUAAGGUUUGCCAGGAGCUGAACAGUACUUGGGCGUGGGAGCUGGAACAGAAGGGCUACCAGGAUCUGUCCAUGGAGUGCAAGUCGAGCAUCCUAAAAUUUCUGUGCGAGUGUCAGUUUGAUGACAACCUGAAGUUCAAGAUGGCGAUUAAUGAGGAGGAACCAGAGAAGAUGCGUCUGCAGCCGAUAGGUCGGGACCAACAGGGCCUGAUGUACUGGCUUCAGUUUGACCACGAGCAGAACAUCCGGCUGUACACGGAGGAGCAGGACGACCUGGACGGAUCCACCUGGCAAUGCAUAGUCAGGAAUCGUAACGAUCUGGCUGAAGCUCUGGACCUGUUGAAGGCUCAGAUCAGUCCAGGCCUGAAUCCUGAACCAGACCAGAACCAGGCUGGAUCCAGGAGCAACAGCCCUGCAGAGAAAGGUGCAGGGGAUGAGGUAAUAGGAAGCACUGACCCCGAACCCUCCAAGACCACAGAGGAACCCGCUGAGAGAGAGACGCUUGAGCCCAUAAAGGAAGAGAAACCCCUCAGACCAGAGCUAAAGGAGGAGCAGAUGCAGUCAAUAGAGGGGAAGAACACAGACGCUGAGGUAAAAGAAAAGAGGACGGACCACAAACCCCCUGUGUUCGAUAAUCGGGUCAGCACCAUCACCACCAUUGUCAAAUCUGAAUCCAGGGAAACCGACGCCCCCAAAAACGCUGUGUCGGUUGUAAUGGCACCAGGCACGACUGUGAUUAAACAGGAAGUUAACAAGGAAGAGGAGGCAGGGCGGGCCGUGGUCAGGAGCAACCAGCAGGCAAAGAUACCACUGAAGAAGAGAGAGCUGAAGCUGGCAGAGAGCUACCAGAGCAGCCACCUUAACAACAGCAGCAGCAGUAUUAUAGUUUGUAACCCCUCAGUGAUCCAGAGCAAGGACAGUCACAGAAGAGAGGGGAAGUUACUUAACUCAGUAGCACCCCCUUGUGCUCCCUUGAUGUCACAACAGCAGCAGUCAGUGGUCAGUGCAUCCAAGCAGGAACUGACGAAUGGGAGAGCGUCGGUGCUCCUGCCUCACAAAGACGGACAGAAUGGAGUGAUAGGGGUCAUAGGUCAAGUCGGUGUAAUAGGUCAUAUAGGGGUCAUCCGCAGUCCGUCCGAGCGUCACAGAGCCCCUGGCGCCGAACAACAGGAACCAAACGGGCCAAGUGUCGACCACUGGAGCACCAGAGGUGUGGAGGAGGAGCGGGAGGUGAGCCGGCAGUCCGUGCUGGUGAGGAAGGGACCUGUUGAAGGUGACACGUCCGCUCUCCCUCCUCGUGUGACGAAGGAGGCUCAAACACCCGGGAAGCUACUAAUGACAUCUUCAAAGACUGAUCAAGCUCCCAAAGCUGGAGAGAGAGAAGUGGAUUCUGUUAGCAUUCCUUCACUGUCUCAGGCCACAGAGGAACUCAAGAGACAGACGACAGAAGGCCUGUGCAAAAAAGCAACAGAGGAACCAUCGGAGAAGAGGACAGAGAGUGGGCCCAGCAGUCGUCACCAGAAAGAUGAUGACGUGGAAGAGAGGGAGGGGAGGAGUGAAGUGUCUGGGACAGAGGAAGGAAGUAAGGAUAACAAUGACCAGAGUAAGAGCACCUUGGGGAAGAUGGAGGCAGAAUCAGGGGGCGCCGUUCCUCCUCUAAAAGUUGAACAGAGAGAUGAAAACGACCACCUGGACCACAAGGGAGAUGGGGUCAAUGAUGAGCUGGCUGCCCAGGUCAGGGUUAAGGACACUGGGCUGCGGUCAGAGGGGAAGCAGGGUCCCCUGGAGGAGGCAUCCUCUGAACUCCAGAAAGAAGGAAUCAGGCUGAAGAUUAAGAUUCCUCCUCACAGGAGAAACAAGUUAAGGAAAGGUGGAAAAGAGGGGGAGAAGGAGAGGGAGCAGGAGGCCCAAGAGGACGGGAGGCAGCUGAGGAGAUCAACCAGGAUUUGCAGAUCAUCUGCUUUGCCAACCUGCAGGCCGAGCUCGAAGGUGGCAGAGAGCCAGAGGAAGAAACCACAAAAAAAACAGGCACUGCCCUCCAGAACAAGGGAAGGAGAGGAGGAGGAGGAGGAGGAGGAGGAAGAGGAGGAUGAAGAAGAGGAUGAAGAGGAGCAGAGCUCAGCUCCAAGGAAAGACAUACAGGCAGAAGUGGCUGGGCAAAUUAGAAAACAAAGGGGCAAACGAAGGCAUCGACGCCCCCGAUGGUCCAACAUGCGCUCGAAGAGACGUAAGCUGAAUGAGGGGAGGGAGGCGGAGGACGGAGGGAGGAAACGAGAAGACGAGGAGAGCGAGGGAGGGAGCGACUCAGAAGAAUCUUGUAAAUCAGAGGAGAUUCCCAUUGAGGAUGCCUGUAGUCAUUGUGGCCUGCCCAACCACCCUGAACUGAUCUUGCUGUGUGACUCUUGUGACAGUGGAUACCACACGGCCUGUCUGCGUCCACCACUCAUGUUGAUUCCAGAUGGACAGUGGUUCUGUCCGCCCUGUCAACAUAAACUGUUGUGUGAGAAACUGGAAGAGCAUCUGCAGAAUCUGGACAGUGCCCUGAAGAAAAGAGACAGAGCAGAGAGGAGGAGAGAGCGUCUGGUGUAUGUGGGAAUCAGUGUGGAGAACAUCAUUCCUGAAGGGGACGAGGAGCCGGAGGAGAAGUCCACAAAGAAGAAAGACCCCAAAAAGAGUAAAAAUCUGGGCCGAAGAUCGACCAGAACCAGGAAGAACAUCAGCUACAGGUUUGACGACUUUGACGAUGCGAUCGAUGAGGCUAUAGAGGAAGACAUCACUGACCUCUGUGCUGUAGGAACCGAGCGCAGCAAAGUCAUCACGCCCAUCCUGCCAGAGGACAGGAAGGAGAGCCAGCGGCCAAUCAGAAGCCAAGCUCACGCUGUCAGGAGCAGGAAGAAGAGGAGGCUGAACGAUCUGGAGAGCGACAGCACAGCAGCAGAGAGUGAAGAUGAGUUCCAGCUCAGCAACAGCUCUGACGAUGAAGAUUUCGGUGCAACGGGGGUGGAUGACGAUGAGGAGGAGGAUGCUGGCAGUGAGGUGGGCAGCUGGGACAGUGCGACUCGCCCCAAGCGGCCGGUGAGAGCGGCGCCCAAACAACGACCCAGCAAGACCCAACGCAGGGGGAGGAAACGACAGAGGCGGAGACACUCCUCUGAGGAAGAGGAGGAGGAAAGUGAAGAGGAAAUGGACUCUGAUCAGUACAGUGACAUGUCUGACAGUGAAGCUGAAAAAAAGAGGCGGGGCCUGAGGCGGGGCCAGCGGCAGCAGGUCAACUACCGCGAGACGUCCGAGUCGUCGGACAACUCCAAGGCCUCGGCCGGCGGGAAGCCGGUGGCAGCCGGCGGGCGGCCGCGCAGGGAGCGUCUCUCCAGCGACUUCAGUGACGUGUCACGUUCUUCCAGAGACUCCGCGGACGAGGAGGAUUAUGAAGACGAAGAUGACCAGAGACGAAGAGUGAACCGGAGGAGAAAGGAGGAGAAAGACCAGUUGAGGAACAGGAUGAAGGAGAAGCGGAGGAGAUACCAAGAAGACGACAGAGAGAGAGGGAGUCGGCUGAAAAGGAAACUGCUGGAGAAGGAGGAGGACAAGCGGAGGAGAUUAAAGAGGACACACAGAGAAGAGGAGGAGGACAUGGAGAAGAUGGGCAGAGGAAAGAGGAGAGAGAUUCUGUCACAGCAGCGGCGCCGGCGACUCGCUCAGAUGCUGAAGAAACGACGACCUUCGACUGACGAUGACGAUGAGGAGGAGUCUGAGGAGUCUGACUCUUCAUCGGAAGAGGAUCGUCCCGUCCGCAAAAGACUCAACCGCAUCGACUCGGAUGAUGAUGAUGAUGAUGAGGAAAAAGAAGAGGAAGAGGAAGGAAGAACGAAGGUGACGACCAAGAAGUCUUCAUCAGUAGAAAGGAGGUCGGACAGCGAAGCUCAGGAAAAGGGGAGGGGCCACAGCUUGUCUCCUUCAAACAUAAACCGGAUCUCCAGAGGCCCAGUGAAGCCCGGGGCGGGAAGUCCCACAGAACCCAGGGACAGUGAAGCUUCAGGCAGGCAGGGCAAGCUCAACGGCCCCUUCCAUCCAGACCAGGAGGAGGAGGAGGAGGAGGAGGAGGAGGAAGAGGAGGAGCAAGAGGAGGAGGGGGGCAAGACAGACUCAUUAAACUCUGUCCAGAACAGUCCACAGUCAUGAUGGCUGUUUGUGUGAAUAACGCUCGCUUAUUUCUUUCAGUUUCUUUUUUUACUGUCAGGCCUUUCACCCACAGCCUCUGAAACACCACCUGCCUCCACCUCCCUACCCUCUGCUCCUCCUCCUGCUCCUCCUCGUUGCUUCCCCCGUCUCCUCCUCACUGUUGUGUCGUGGUCAGGCGCUGUCCACCAUCACGUGCUGCACCUCGCAACAGACACUCAUGAGUCCACUCUCCUGCUCAUCCUCACGUCCGGAGCGUCAGCAGUCGGGAGUGUCGCAGCCGGAGCGUCAGCAGCCGGAGGGUCAGCAGCCGGAGCGUCAGCAGCCGGAGCGUCGCAGCCGGAGCGUCAGCAGCCGGAGCGUCGCAGCUGGAGCGUCGCAGCCGGAGCGUCGCAGCCGGAGCGUCGCAGCCGGAGGGUCAGCAGCCGGAGCGUCGCAGCCGGAGCGUCAGCAGCCGGAGCGUCGCAGCCGGAGCGUCGAAGCCCGAGCGUCAGCAGCCGGAGCGUCGCAACCGGAGGGUCAGCAGCCGGAGCGUCGCAGCCUGAGCGUCGCAGCCGGAGGGUCAGCAGUCAGAGCGUCGCAGCCGGAGGGUCAGCAGCCGGAGGGUCAGCAGCCGGAGGGUCAGCAGCCGGAGGGUCAGCAGCCGGAGUGUCGCAGCCGGAGGGUCAGCAGCCGGAGCGUCGCAGCCGGAGGGUCAGCAGCCGGAGCGUCGCAGCCGGAGCGUCGCAGCCGGAGGGUCAGCAGCCGGAGGGUCAGCAGCCGGAGGGUCAGCAGCCGGAGUGUCGCAGCCGGAGUGUCAGCAGCCGGAGUGUCAGCAGCCGGAGGGUCAGCAGCCGGAGGGUCAGCAGUCGGAGCGUCGCAGCCGGAGGGUCAGCAGCCGGAGCGUCGCAGCCGGAGGGUCAGCAGCCGGAGCGUCGCAGCCGGAGGGUCAGCAGCCGGAGCGUCGCAGCCGGAGCGUCCGUGGACGCACUCGAGCGAGGCCACAGGUCGCUGUGACGGGCGUCUCUCUGUUGGGUCCAUGUGACGGGACGAUGGUGGUUUGAUCCCGUUGGGGGGGAAUGUGGUGUCCCUCAGUCUUAGCACUUCAUCAUUCUCAUAGCACUUGAUAACCAGAAGAGGGCCAGUGUCAAACUGAACACUUUGGGUCGGGAGGCGAGACAACAACACACAACAGGGUUUUCACUGUUUCCUAAGAAUGAGCCAGAACCCUGAAGGUUCGUGGUUCUAACAAGAACCGAGGUCGCUCAGUGUUUGAAGCGUCUGACAUCAUCAGUCCAUCGUUUCAAUGUUAACAGAAACAUUAGUUUCAACAUUCUUAGGUUUUAUGGUUUUAAUCAGAAAGAAAAUGUUCACAAGAGAAACUGUCAUUUGAUUAUUCGAUCAAAUGAUCUGCCGUCAAAAAUCCAGUGAAUCCUCAGUUGUGGCCCCGAUGAAUUCAUAUAACACAAUAUCAGACUGACUGUAGCAUCCACGUGUCCAUGAAUGAAUUAUUAAAUCCAGACUUUGGAGGAUCAGGACAUUUAAACUGGUUCAAAGAUAUGAAACCAAGUUGAUCUGAAACACUGGAUCCACAUCAGAUCCACUUCAGAUCCACUUCAGAUCCACAUCAGAUCCACUUCAGAUCCACAUCAGAUCCACAUCAGAUCAACUUCAGAUCCACUUCAGAUCCACAUCAGAUCCACAUCAGAUCCACAUCAGAUCCACAUCAGAUCCACAUCAGAUCCACAUCAGAUCCACUUCAGAUCCACUUCAGAUCCACUUCAGAUCCCUUGUGAUCCAGCACGUUUCCUCCGCCCGUCCCAGUGUUGGCUUUCAGACUGGUGGCUCUUGUUGGGACAUGUUUGCUGUACAUACUUUGCCUGUUCCUUGUAAGAUAAUAGAUGUUCUGUUCUUAGUCCUCUUGUAAAAUAUAGUGUUAUAUUUUCUAUAUGAAGGAGAGGAGUGGAGAUGCUGCUGUGGGGGACGCACGUCUCCAUCCGAGUGUUGAGACUUUGUGCCGUCGGCGGUUUGAACAGAACAGACGCAGAAUGUUUCCCGAGAGCCGAGCUGCUCUUCUUCAGCCUGUGUUGUACAUGUUCAGAGGUUUUUAAACAUUUCCUACCCCCCGAGUUUUUAAAGAAGGAACAAAGCUUUAUUUUUUUGAUUGAGGCUCAGGGGAGGAAGAUGAACGUCAGUCACCAAACAAACCUUUUCUUUAGUCGGCCGCUCCGACAGGGCGUCACUGUCGAGGCUCUGAAGAGUUUGAUUCUGCUGAUUCCAGAAGUUUCUCUCUUCUCUCUGUCUAAACUCUGCUCCUCGAUCAGACCUCCAAGAUUUAUUAAUAUGUGAGAAAUAAAACAUUUAUUAACCAACGUGCUUCAACUUUACAGCAGAAACCUUCACAUGAUGACAUCAUCAGUUCUCUUUAAACAAUCCUCAUUUUACCCACAUUUGACUUUUUCUGCCAAAACUACAACCGUGUUAAUCCAGUUAUCGACAGUUUAAAGCUUUAAUAAAACACAAACACGUUAAUAUGAGUGAAGGUGAUUGGACGGAAGUGGUUUAACUUCCUGUUUAAAUACAAACAGACAAAACAAAAUGACAAAUCUGUUUUUAAAUUUAACUCUUCUUUGAUAUUUAAGAGAAUUUAGAUCUGAGUUUUUUUUAGUUAAAGGAAAAUUUUCAGCUGAAUCCAAACUUUCAUUUAUAUUUUUAUCACAGUCCGGAUUUGAUCCCAGUGAAAACAGCUUUUAAACCAGUUUCAAUCUGUUUCAACAGAUUUUUAAGAAAACAAACAAAAGUUCAUUCCAGCUUCGAUUCUUCAAACAUCACCGUCAAAGGAAUAUUUAAUUUUUAUUUUGUACGUCACAAAUCAGGAGACGUAAUGAAUCUUUUAUAAAAAACAAGAAAAUCAUUUUGGUGUCAGAUAGCAAAGUAUUUUAUUUCUAUAACCUCAUUUAACCUAAACAUCUGUCACUUGUCAGAGAAAAUAAAACAAAAUUCUCCUUUAGAUUCACUUUACAGUUCAUUGUGUUGUGAAUCUGUUUUUUGUUUCAGUCGAAUUCGGUCAUUUAGUUCCUAAAAAGAUUAAAAAAGGAUGAAAACCUGCUGGUCCCGUUUGGUUUUGGGAGUUUUUGUGUUUAAAAAAGUCCCAAAAUGAGAUUGAAUUAUUCAUUUGAUGAUGAAGGGUUUAGUUCUUCACUCUGAUGUGUCAAAGAUUAUGAUGAAACUGAUCCCAGAGUCGCUGGCACUUGAAUUUUUAAAUGUGGUUUCAGGUACUUUCCUCUUAUAGUUCAGUUGAGACCAAAACAAAAGACCAACCGACUGUUGAACUUCCUCUCAAGUUACCGUUAGGAUCUCGCUACAAAUACAAACAGAGUGAAUCCCCUUGAAGUCAACAUCUCGAUCGUCGCAGCAGUGAUUUCACCUCCUUCAUGAAUAACUGUCUAAUAAUAAUUUUAACGACUCCAACUGAGAACUCAUGAAAAAAAAAGAUUUCAGCUCCUCUGCAAAGAUCAGUAUUUUUAUAAUGUUCGUUUUUUUACUCAGUUUAUGAUUUUUUGUUCUUCCUCAUGUUGAUGGAGACGUUUUACGUCUGUGUUUUCCUCUGUGACUGAUUCUGUUGGUUUUAAAAUAUUCAGUAAAGUGAGAUAUGGAUUCACUGAGAACAGGCGCCAGUGGACGUGACUGCAGCUCCUUUCAUUUCUCUGUUGUACUGUUGCUGUAGUUUCUCUGUAACAUAAAUGUUUUCUAAGUUAUUAAACCAACAUCCAGGCAUCUCCUCAAACACACACACA